UAUAGUGAGUGACAUUUAAAAUUUGAUUUGUAUUGAAAUAAGUUAAUUUUGAUUAUGUGAUUUGCUGACAGAAAUAAUGGCAACAUUUAUUACAAUUACAAAAAUUAUAAUUUGUCUGUGCUUUUUACAAUUUUCUUAUUCAGAAGAAAAUAAUACUCCAAACAAUAUACAAAAUAUAUUUACACCUAGUGCAGAAAUAGCUGAACCGUCUGAAGCAACUCCUGAAGAAGAGUUAAAUAUUGAAAGUAAUGCCACGUCUGUAGAAAAUGGUACAACUAGUAAUGAAACAGUUACCGAACAGACUACGGAUAUAUCAGCGAAUGUAACUGAAACGAAGGCUGCAAAUACAAAUGCUACUUCAAAUAAAGUUGUAUGCAAACCUCAAGUAGAUGGUGGUACUAUUGAAGUUGUGAAUUCUACACGACUUUUAAAACUGUUGAUGUCAAAUCCAAAUAUAACAACGAAAGAUACACCAGCUAAUUGUAACAUGGUAUUUUUUUAUGGUGUAUCGUGUCCAUUUAGUGGUGCUGCCACAGCUCAAUACACAGCUUUAGCACGCAUAUUUCCCAACAUAAAAAUGGUAGCUAUUGACGCCAUGACUCAUCACAUAUUUAAUGCUCAAAAUGGUAUUGUGGGUGUGCCUACAUUAAUGCUGUUCCAUAAUGGGCGUGCUGUUGCUAAAUAUAAUGAGUCAGAGUAUAAAAUUGAUUUGCUAGUAAAAUUUAUUGGUAAACAUACAAUUGGUAUAGUGGAUCCGGAUGUGGAUACAACAAAAUAUUAUGUAACAUCAGAUGAUUUUCGUGGACCUUUAUCACAUUUACCAGAAUAUCAACGUGAUUAUUGUCUAGGACUAUCGUGGAUUUUUAUUUGUUUGUGUACCGUGUAUUUCUUUUCACAAUCAAAAUGGUGGAAAUGGAUUGUUGAGACAAUACAAAAUACGUGGCGGGAAUCUGAAGCACAACAUGAGCAUACUGAUUAAAAAAAACAUUUACACAGUAUUUAAAAAUAAGUUUUCACUUCCAUUAAAGAAAUUUAACACGAUCUUUAAUUUAUUAAUUUUGUAUUUAGGGAAAGGUGACUGUGGUAUAGUGAAACAAAAAGUGUAUUUGGGGUUGUAAAGACAAAUAUUCAAUCAGUUUAAAAAUAUGUAGUUAAAUAUUAAAAGUUAGUAUUUUCUUUAAUAAAUUACUAUACAUCAAAGUUAAGAAAUAUGUUUCGAAACUAAA